AAAGUUGAUCUGCAAGAAAGGAGGGGGGUGGUUAAAAAAGAAGCUAGGCACUUUUGUGCAGCGUUUGGAGAUGUGAGGAGGAAAAGGCGGAAGUUUGAUGCUUUAAUUAUUUAGGAAAAUAUAUAUAAAAGAGGCAGACAGAUGUGAGGCGGGUCCACGUGUGUGGGGGUUUUUUUUUCAGACACAGAGAUCUAUUGUUCAGAUCAAUAAAAAGGGCAGUCUGAGUGGAAAUAAAAAGAGACAAAUCUUUGGAUUUAAAACCCGACAGAGAGAGAAAGAAAGUAAGGGGGAAAACAAAAAAGAAAGAAUUACAAUUUGCGACUUUCAAUCAAGUUGGUGGAUAUUUAAACCACUUGGAGAAAGAGUUAUUUUUUUUGUGGAGGGGGGGAGAGAGAAAACGGUUCUUCUAGGAACGAUUUUUCUGUUGCCGGAAAAGAAUUGAGGGUUUUAUUUAAUUUUGUUGUGUUGUGUGUGUGUGUUGAGCCGCCGCCGCCGCCACCGCCUGAGACAAAGAUGCCCCGCAAGAAGGUGGAGAAGAAGAAAUUAAAGGGUGGAAGGAAGAGGGAGAGAGACUUCAGCGACGAGGAGGACGUGGAGCUGGAGAACUCGGGCAAGAAGCUGGGCAAGCCGGCGCUGCAGACCGUCACCGAGCCCGACGAGACCAAGGAGAAAAUAAAACUAGAAGGAUCCAAGUACAAAGGACAGCUGCUUAUCUGUGGAGCCACAAACUGGGACUUGAUUGGUCGUAAGGAAGUUCCUAAGCAACAAGUGGCUUACCGCAACUUGGGGCAGAACCUGUGGGGGCCAAAUCGUUAUGGCUGCCUCUCGGGGGUACGUGUGCGGACAGUGUCGUCGGGCUCGUGUGCUGCCCACAACCUCAUCAUUACCACAGAGGGCACCAUCUGGAGCUGGGGCCGUGGUGAAAAAGGACAGCUAGGACACGGCGACACGAAGCGCGGAGAAGUCCCCAAACUUAUUGACGCUCUCAAAGAUCAUACAAUCGUUGCGGGAGCUUGCGGGCGUAACCACAGUCUCUGUUUAACAGAAAAUGGAACAGUUUUUGCCUUUGGUGAGAACAAAAUGGGACAACUUGGCCUUGGAAACCAGACUGAAGCAGAGCCCUGCCCUGCACAGAUCAUGUACAAUGGCCAGCCAAUUGUGAAAAUAGCCUGUGGUGCAGAAUUCAGUAUGAUCGCUGACUGCAAAGGAAACCUCUAUUCCUUUGGCCACCCAGAGUAUGGACAGCUUGGUCACAACUCUGAUGGCAAGUUCAUUGCCAGGGCGCAGAGAAUUGAGUUUGACUGUGAGGUGGUGCCGCGACGGGUAGCCAUCUUCCUGGAGAAGACAAAAGAUGGUCAAAUCCUGCCGGUGCCGAAUGUUGUGGUCCGUGAGGUGGCCUGUGGAGCAAACCAUACGAUUGCUCUUGACUCCCAGAAGAGGGUGUUCACUUGGGGCUUUGGAGGAUAUGGUCGCCUCGGGCACUCUGAGCAGAAGGAUGAGAUGGUCCCUCGUCUGGUUAAACUCUUUGACUUCCCUGGCCGUGGGGCCGUGCGGAUCUGCGCUGGAAACACCUGCUCGUUUGCAGUCAAUGAGAUGGGUGGCUUAUUCUUCUGGGGUGCAACCAACACCUCUCGUGAUUCCACAAUGUACCCCAAAGUGGUGCAGGACCUGUGUGGGUGGAAGGUUCGAAGCCUUUCCAGUGGAAAAAGCAGCAUAAUUGUUGCAGCUGAUGAGAGCACAAUCAGCUGGGGACCAUCACCAACCUUUGGAGAACUGGGCUAUGGUGACAACAAGCCCAAGUCUUCCACCACUGCACAGGAGAUAAAGACCUUGGAUGGUGUUUACAUUGAGCAGGUUGCCAUGGGCCAUGCACAUUCGCUGAUGAUAGCAAGAGAUGAAAGUGAUACAGAGAAAGAGAGGAUUAAGAAGUUGCCUGAAUAUAACCCGCGGAUUAUCUGACGUAACCCUGAGCAGCCACACAUGAAAGCUUCACUUGAACAAAGGCAGCUGGAGUUUACAGUGCACUGGUCAAUGAGAUAAAUAUCCACACUGAACAGCAAGCCAGGCAAUGGACCACAUCUUACAAAGAGAUUUUCCAAUUCGUGCAAAAAUGUUAGUGCUACUUACAUAAUGACAAUUUCAAACGCAGCUGUGUAGUGUUUCCAAAGCAAAUGAUUUAACAAUGUAUGCAGAUAGUUAAUUUUUCUUGUAUUCUUUGGCCAGUGUGUUGCCAUUGGCUUGGGGAACGGCCAAUUUCUUUUGAUAUGUUGGAACUCCUUGUAUUUUUUUUUAACCCAGGUUUGACUCUUAUAAUUGGCCAGCAGAGUGGUGUAAACUAGCUGAAACAUUUGGAACUGUGACCUUCAUUUGGCUGCACUAAGCAUCAAGCUGGCAACUUGCAUUUCCACUUUAUGCUGGCGAUGUAUUUGUCUUCUGCUAACUUUCUUCCUCCUAAUUACUUGUGAUGGGUAGAGGGAUUUAUCACCCAUUCGGUUAAUUAUAGUCUUAAAAAUGCGAAGCCCUGCUAUCUGAUAGGAUAGGCCUGGGUGGUUGAGUUGAGAGUGUGGGUGUGAAAGGCACUUCUGGCUCUGCCCUUGGAGCUUUGGAGUAGCUGUGCUCCAGUGAAGGCCCUAGUCUCUGAAACCCACCUGCUCGCGUGAUCAACUGCGCUUGGUUGAGUCUAGAAAAGGGCUUGCAUUCCACACUUCUCCCUGCUACACUUGGGCUUCUGUUUUCAUUGACACCAUGUGUUGCUGUUGAAUACAGGAGCUCCACAUACUGGCUGCCAACAACACAUCUUGUGAACCUGCCUUAUUGUUCCCAUCUCUGGCAAUACAUUGCCAAUAAAAUUAAUCAAUCAAACUUUGCUAUUUGCUUAGUACGACUGAGUAAAAUCAUCAUUUUGCUUUCAAUCCCUCAUCUAUUUGAUGGUUUGGUUCCAUUCUAUACGUCUGAUAAGCUAAUUGUUUUUUUUCUAACCAAACCCAUUCCCCCAGAAGAUCAAUGAGAUAUCUAGGUCAAAUCUUUAUCAACAAAUCCCCCUACCAUAUUGGAUAUUUUUGUUUGAAGUCAUUGUAGUUUAUUUGAGACUUUUCGAUCUCUCAUUUUAUAUACGCCAGGAUUAAUCAGUGGGUUUUUUUUCCUCUUGGGGAACGGUGUGAAGUUGACACGAGAGCCAGUAAGAAUUGGAAGAUCCCAAGGGAAGUGAAGGAAGGAAACUGCCUUAGAUAAAGAGGAAAUGUGGUCCCAUUUCUAUUGAGUACCAGUGGCUUAGCAACUGUUCAUUAUCUGAUAUCCUUGCUAUCCCGACAAGCAGUUUGUAAAAGGUGUUUUUAUUAGGUGCAGAACAACUUGUUCAACUCGAGGCUGUUUUGAGAAUGUAUUUGUAUUCUCUGAAUUCAGCCUCUACCUUAAUGGCAACUCUUAUGUGGACAUGUUUUGUAGCAUAAACAUGUUGACUUUCUUGUAGCAUUAGUCAGCAAAAUCUUCCAUUUUACAAUUUACAUGCUGCAGUCUCAUUCCUUUGUUCCAGAUUCCAAUGUCCUCGUUUUAUUAGCGGAAGUUCUCGUCCAUUAACAAACUGAUAGACCUCGUAGAGAAACUCUGAAAGGCUUUCUCAUUUCUCUCUAAUUGCCCGAGAUUGUUCCCUGUUGGCAUCUCUUCCAUUGCUUUGUAGCCUGACCAGCUGUGAUGUGUGCAAUAUUGAUGAUUUCUCAGCAAUGCCAGUGCAUUGUCGAUACAGAACGACCACAGAUGAAAAAGGAUGUUGCUGAACUCUCGUCGGGAGUUUUCUCUCUCCGGCCACAGAUGAAAUCUUUAGUGACGUGACUGUCUUGCUUGUGUCCAUCAGAAAACCAGCAGGUUGAAUCUACCUGUACAGAACAGUGACCCUGGGGUUCUAAGUCUGGCUCUGGUUUUCAUCUUUGAACAGGAGAAACAGUAUCUCCCCAUAACCCCUUUGCAAGAGGAGGUGCAGGAAAUAUGGGAUUACUGCACAAGAUCUCACCCCCCCCCCCCCCCCCCCUAUCAUUUAGUUUGGUCUCUGCAGAACCAAAAAAAUCAAAAAUAUCCCUAUUUGUUAACCUUGUAACCCUUAAAAUAAAUGUUUGCUGAUUUUCAAAUUCUGAUGCCCAAGAUGAAUGUGCUACAAGAACCUUUAAUGAUUUGGUUAUCAGUCUAUAAGCAGAGCUGGCAAGCUGAAGGAUUUGGAUGUGAUUGAACCAAGAUAUUUUUACACUCGUGGUUCAACUGGUCCACAACUAGGUGGGGAUAUGGUGACGGCGCUCCGCGAUGCCGCUGGGGUAUCGAUCAGUGGUGGACCUUAUCUCUGAUAUAUGGCCAGAGGGGCUGGUGCUGCCGUCUUGAUGCUGGUUUGAUUUCUUGCGUCACAUUUUGGGUGUGCUUCAACUCGCCUGCCCACCUUCACGAAGCUGAAAAUUGGCUGCCUCUUAACAAAGGUUAAAUUGACACCAAUGUGAAAGUUGUGCUGUGUUUCAGUCGCUUAUUUAAGUCUGAUGUAGAAUGCAUCGGUUUACAAGUUUCCCAAUUUUCAGCCUUUGCAGGAGUGGAACAAAAUUCUGCUCUGAUAUUGUCAAUUCCUAAUCAUUUAUGAAUAUUUAAUUUGCUCCCCUCUGUUGCCUUCCUGCUGGUCUGCUUGACUUUAACUGUUCCUGCCUUGGGCUUGUGAGGCUGUACUAAGUCACCAUGUUGAACGUUGCUAGUGCUGUAAUGGAAUUCAUGUGCUUUUAUACUGAUCCUUUUUCUACAGUGGGACUUGACGUCCUUGUGUGGCUCUGUUACAUUCACAUCUUCCUGUAGCAGCCAAUGUUAAAUAUCCAAGAUGGGAAAACAUGAAAAGUUGGCCCACAUUUUACACUUUUUUUUCCCUCUCUUCUGGUUUUGAAGGUCCAUGCUUUGUAGAAUUGUACUGCAGAACUUUGCAGGUGCAGGGUGCCGAGACAGUGUAUUGCACCUGUAGCUGUGAGUAUGCACUCUUAUCUGUAAGUGUUGCAUGGUAUCCCACCAGAUCUCAAAAAUAAAAUAACUUGAUUAACUUUUGGAGUUGCUGCUAUCUUUCAAUAAUGCUGAGCUGGCUGGAAUUUGGGUAUAAAAUGAUCAGACUUGGUACAAGAUAACGGCAGUGCUGUCCUUGAGCCUGAUUUGGUCUUUUGAAAACAUAUUUCUCCUUUAGGGGUAAAAGGCAAGUUCUUGUUGCAGUUCAGUGUCUUGUAAGCCAAUGGCCUGUAAUCAACUGCAGUUGCUAUUACUGAACACAAGUAUUUGUCGUGCUUAGUCAGGUCUUUUCCAGUUGUUCACUCCAGCCACCUACUACCUGAUUGUGUCCUUUUUAAAUUCUGAUACUGUAAAUGGAAGUCCUGCUGGACUUUAAACGCAUUGGACAUUUGAAAUUGACUCGAGUCAACUUGGGAAAGGUAAAGUAACAAGUCAAUCAUCUUACUUUUAAAAAGACAGUUGUGGGGUAAGGAAUGGUGUGCAAGACUUGAAGCUAUGGUUGUUCAGACUCUUCCCAUUAAACAUCACAUUUGCACAAAAAAAACCUAUUUCCUUUUUUGUGGGGGGGAGGAAGAUAAUGAAUUCUAGGGGCAAUGAGGGCUGGAAUGUUUCUAUCUUCUCCAACUAAGCUCCCCAGGGGAGAACGAUUGUGACUUCAUUCUGCAACUAUUAUGCUGAGAGGAAACUAUUUCACUGCAGACAUUAAAACCAUCUCUCUGUCGAUGUGCUCCUUGCCAUCUCCAAAAUAAUAAAGUAAUUGAACAUCUAUGAAAUCUUUGACGUUUUCCAAGUACAGGUGAACUAUCGGCUUGUUUAGCAAGAUGGAUAGGGAGAGGGCUUCUCCUCAUGCUGGUUAAUAGCGACUGGUUUAGGCAUUAUUAGGUUUAGAAAGUGAUUUUUGUAGCUAAUUAGUUACCUGUUCAGUGCUGUAAACCUUUUUUUCUUUUUUUUACUUUUGUAUUUCCUGCAAUAAAUGGAAUAAAUUCUUGACUUGUGUGUC